AUGGCUCAAGUCGACUUGGAGGAGAUCCAAGUUGAAAUCUCAUUCUGGAAUUCAGCGGUGGUAUGUCAGGUGCUUGGGGCUAACCCUCCAUUUGCUGUUUUUGAAGGAUUUAUCAAGAGGAUAUGGGGUAAACUUGGCAUUGAGAGAAUUGCUAGGCUGAAUAAUGAUUUUACACUUGUAAAAUUUCGUGAUGAAGUCACUAGAAAUCUGGUUUUGGAAGCUGGGGUGCUACAUUUUGAUAGAAAACCAGUGAUAGUGAAGCCUUGGUCUGCUAAUUUAGACACUCUUAAGGCAGUGAAGUCAGUUCCUGUGUGGGUUAGACUGCCAGGACUUGGGCUGCAAUAUUGGGGCACUAAGUGUUUGAGUGCUCUUAUGAGCACGAUUGGGGUACCGAUUUUGGUAGAUAAAGUUAUGAAGGAUAGAUCUAUGAUGCAAUUUGCUAGAGUUUUAGUGGAGAUAGAACUCUCGGAGGAUCUCCCUAAAUCAGUUCAGUUUCUCAAUGAGAAAGGGAAGCUAAUGGAACAACUUCUGGAAUUUGAGUGGCUUCCUACUCAAUGUAGAGGGUGUAAAGUGUAUGGCCAUACUGAAAGAAUGUGUAAUAAGAAGCCAUCUGAGAUUUGGAGACAGAAAAGCCAGAUUGGAGAGGAAGAGGCUAGACAAGUCCCUGUGACUCAGGCGAUUUUUUCAGAGGACAUAGAUGCUGUGAAUGGGAGUAUGGAUGCUGAUACUCAAAAAGUGGUUACUAAGGAGUUGGCUAAUCCCCAGGAGAUAUCAAAGCAACUUGAGCCUGUGUCAUCUGUAGUAAACCAUAAUCUUACACCAGAUACGAAGUCCAAUGACAGAGGUAAUUCGGACUGGGUUACCCCAAAACAGGUUGGAGGGAAUAAGAAGGCUACUCAUAAGGCAAAGAACACUUUGACGAAUUCCUAUAGUGCUUUGCAAGAUAAGGUUAUGGAGGUUGCAAACUUGGGACUAACAACAACAAGGGCCUUGUUGGAGACUACACUUCGUGGUGAUAAAAUUGAGAAUAUGAUGCAAUCUUUUUUCAGAGGCUGGAACUAUUUUACUGGUACAAUUUCAGAAGGUCUAAGGACUAAUAAAUUGUUUUGUGUGACAUUUGUGUAUGGUAGAAAUUCGAUUGAAGAAAGAGUGCCUCUUUGGAGGGAUUUGUCAAGUCUUUGUCUCCCAGCCACCCCUUGGCUGUUGGCUGGGGACUUUAAUGUUGUCUUUGAGGGUGCGGACAGAAUUGGUGGUCGCGCUAUUUCUUCCCUUGAGUUAUCUGAUGCUCAAAAUUGGAGGGCCUUGGGAUUAUUUGAUGAGAUGCAUGCUAGAGGGUCUCAUUUUACUUGGACUAAUAAACAGGCCAAUGAAGAUAAAAUUUACUCGAGAUUGGACAGAGCUUUUAAGAAUGAGGAUUGGUUGGACCUUUUUCCUCAAUCUGAGGCUGUCUUCAACUGGGAAUUGCUUUCUGACCACUGUUACUGCAUUAUCAAACCAGAAGCUACUGUGAACUGUGGUGUUAAGCUGUUCAGGUUCUUCAAUAUGUGGACAGAACAUGAAAAAUUUAAGAUUAUUGUCCUGCAAAGCUGGUGCAAGCCUAUCAAAGGGUUUGGGCUGGAUCGAAUUUGUAGAAAGUUGAGCAGGCUUCAGACUAGUAAUCCUCACUCGGUAGAUCUUCAGAGAAUAGAAGCUGCAGCAGGUGACAAGUUUGAGUACCAUGCCAGAACUUAUGAGAGUUUCCUGAGACAGAAAAGCAAAGUGGACUGGCUGCGUUAUGGUGAUGACAACACGACAUAUUUUCAUGCUUGCUUAAAACAAAGAAGAGCCUCUAACUGUAUCACUUCAGUAGUGACUGAAUUUGGUCAGAGUAUUGAAAAAUUUGAUGAUGUUGUAGAUCACUUUGUGACUCAUUUCCAGAAAAUUAUGGGAAGCAAAAGCAUGGCCUCAAGGUCCAUUCAGAGGUCCUGUUUUAGUCUUGGUCAUAAACUGACUCUGGACCAGCAUAUCAGUUUAGUGAAGCCUUUCACUACCAAGGAAGUUAAAGACGCUUUGUUUAGCAUUAACUCUAUUAAAAGUCCGGGGCCGGAUGGGUUCGGCCCAGGCUUUUUCAAAGUAUUGUGGAGUGAUUUAGAAGCUGAAAUCUCAGCAGCCAUUAUGGAUUUCUUUGAGUGUGGUAAUCUGCCAGAGGAAGUUAAUAAGGCUACUAUUUCCUUGAUUCCUAAGAUUGAUACUCCUACUCGGGCAACGGAUUAUAGGCCUAUUGCGAGUUGCAACUCUAUCUACAAAUGCAUAUCUAAAAUGCUUUGUGGUAGAUUGGAGAUGGUGCUUCCUAGUCUUGUUCAUCAAAAUCAAGGAGCCUUUGUUAAAAAUAGGUUAUUGGCGCAUAAUAUUCUUAUUCUUCAGGAUAUUAUUAAAGGUUAUAAGAGGAAAAACAUUUCCCCUAGAUGUGUGUUGAAAAUUGACUUGAGCAAAGCCUAUGAUAUGCUUGAUUGGAAUUUUUUGGAGGCCAUUCUCACUGAAUACUGUUUUCCGGAUAAAUUCAUCAAAUGGGUUAUGGCUUGCUUGAAGGAUCCUACAUAUUUGAUACUAAUGAAUGGGAAGGUUCAAGGGGAGUUUAGAGGUCGGAAGGGUCUCAGGCAAGGGGACCCGAUUUCUCCAUUGUUGUUUGUACUAGCAAUGGAGUAUUGUACCCGAUUUUUAUGUCAAGCUUCCAUGGAUAAGGGGUUCCGGUUUCAUCCUACAUGUAAGCACCUUAAGAUUGUCAAUCUCUAUUUUGCAGACGAUUUGGUCAUAUUUUUCAAGGGUGUCAAUAGCUCGGUUCAGAUUAUAAGGGAUAGUUUUAAUGAGUUCUGUUGUGCUUCUGGUUUGGCUGCAAAUAUGGACAAAUCUCAGGUCUAUUUUGGUGGUGUGGCUGAAAAAGAAACUCAACAAAUGCUUAAGAGGCUCCAAUUCUCAGAAGGAAACUUCCCCCUAAAAUAUUUGGGAGUUCCUCUUCGAACAACAAGAUGGAAGGCUGGAGAUUGUGCUAUCAUUAUCAAAAAGAUCCAGCUGAAAUUACAUACUUGGGCGAGUCGUCACCUAUCUUUUGCUGGGAGGGCGCAAUUAAUUAACUCUGUGCUUCUGAGUAUAAGAUCUUUUUGGAUGAGCAUUUUCAUCCUCCCUAAGAGUGUCACUAAGGAAGUGGAUCAGUUAUGCAGGAACUUCCUUUGGGGAGUUAAAGACAGUAAUAAUCAGCGAAGUAAAAUGCAUUUUACUGCCUGGGAUCAGGUGUGCCUGCCUAAAUGCAUGGGUGGUCUUGGUUUCAAGGAUAGUUGUAACUGGAAUAAAGUGCUUCUUGCCAAGUUUGUUUGGGCUGUGUCUUCUAAGCAAGAUAUUCUUUGGGUUAAGUGGGUGGAUUCUAUCUAUCUGAAGGGUCAAGACUUCUGGAAUUAUAGAGCUCCUCAGGAUGUGAGUUGGUAUUGGAGAAGAUUGGUUAAACUAAGAGCUGACUUCCCUGCUCAUAGGCUUGAUGAGGCAGUCAAUCAUAACAAACUUUGUUUGAAAGUGCUGUAUCACAGGUUGCUUAACAAGGACAGAGUUAACUUUACGAAUGUGGUCUGGAACACUUUGACUGUGCCUAAGCACAGAUUCAUUCUUUGGCAAGCUACUCUGGGCCAUCUGCUCACACGAGAUAAGCUAAGUCUUUGUCAUAUGGAUCUGCCCACAGUGCUUUGCCCGGUUUGUGAAGAGGAGCAAGAGUACCACUCUCAUCUUUUUUUUGAGUGUCCUUUCUCUCGGCAGGUAAGAUCUCAGUUGGAAGUUUGGCUGGGUAGAGGUAUUUGGCCGAAUUUGUAUGUUGAGUGGUGUUCUUGGAUGGCUGGGAAGCCGAAGGGGCUGAAGCAGAUUGUUGUUGCUGCUGCUUUAGCAGCAGCUGUCUACAUGAUAUGGAGGAAUAGGAACAAUUGUAUCUUUGAGUUUAGUUCAUUUUCUGUUGGCUUUGUUUUUCAAUUGAUCAAGUGCUUUGUGAGGAGUAGGCUGUCUAGUCUUCCUAAGAAGAAAAUUAGGAAAAAUGAUAUAGCUUUUUUUGCAAAAGUUGUUCAGUUAUAA